UAUAUAUAUAUAUAUAUAUAUAUAGUUCUCACUUCUUUCUCUCCUCUGAAUAUUCACAACCUCACCUUUGGGAGCCCAUGGCUACUACUGCUAUUGUACCUGCUAAGACACGACAACAGAUGAGGACUGAUCGUAGCGUGUUCUCAUCAUCGGAUGACAAUGCGAUGAUGAAGCAAAUUCUGGCCACCCACGCUCCAGAUGGCCGCGAGUUUGAUGUCAAGCCUAUUCUCCUCAUCGUUGAGGAUGUCAUGCGAUGUUCAACCCCUACCAUCCCCGGCAUUGUUCAUGGAAAUCAAGCACCAGUAGCGGAUGCAUUGGAUGAAGACAGGACCCUUCAUAGUGGCUUCAGUGAUAUGCUUGAGCUUUUGGCAUACACAACAAACAAAAUUUCGUGCGAGAUAUCGUGCAAGUGUAGUGCUGGAGGAUCUGGAGGAGGGGAUGCCCACGCGACCACUGUGGCACUUUUCAACAUACUUCAAAGCUACUCAUGGGAUGCCAAGGUGGUGAUAGCAUUGGCAGCUUUCGCCGUGAACUAUGGCGAAUUCUGGCUAGUUGCUCAUCUUUAUCCCACCAAUCCACUUGCCAAGUCUGUUGCAUUCCUCAAGCAACUCCCGAACAUACUAGACCACGCCGACUCUUUGAAACCUAAGUUUGAGGCACUGACCAGCGUCAUCAACGCCAUGCUUGAUGUGACCAAGUGCAUUGUGGAGUUCAAGGAUCUCCCAUCUCAGUACAUUAGCCCCGACACACCGGAAUUGGCAACGGCCACUGCUCACAUCCCCACAGCUGUCUACUGGACUAUUCGGAGUAUUCUGGCUUGUGCAUCACAAAUUAUCAACCUUUUAGGCUUGAGUCAUGAGUACAUAGCAUCAACCACUGAAGCUUGGGAGCUCUCUAGCUUGGCUCAUAAGGUUAGCAAUAUACACAGCCACCUGAAGGAGAAACUGGUUCGUUGUAAUCAAUACAUCGAUGAGAAGAGAUACAUUGAAGCAUUCCAAACACUUGUACACCUCUUCGAGACACCCCACAUUGAUAACAUGAAAAUUCUGAAGGUUUUGAUUUAUGCCAAGGAUGAUCAGUUUCCGCUCUUUGAUGGUUCUACCAAGAGAAAGGUUAGCAUUGAUGUAUUGAGAAGGAAGAAUGUGUUGCUAUUCAUUUCGGACCUUGAGCUUUCCCAUGAAGAACAGUCGAUUCUCGAGCAGAUGUAUAAUGAGUCACGGGAGGAUCCAAAAAGCCCGGAGAGGCUAUACCAGGUGCUUUGGCUCCCGGUGGUGGACAGAUCAGCCCCGUGGAACGACGCAAAGCAAAAGCAGUUUGAGUAUACACAAGCCUUGAUGCCAUGGUACUCAGUGGCUCACCCUACCUUGAUCGAUCCAGCAGUCAUCAAGUACAUCAAGGAAGUAUGGAAAUUCAACAAGAAGCCACUGCUUGUGGUGUUGGAUCCACAAGGGAAAGUUGUGAACCCUAAUGCACUCCACAUGAUGUGGAUUUGGGGAAGCUUGGCUUUCCCAUUCACUAGCUCCAGAGAGGAACAACUCUGGAAGGAAGCUGAGACCUGGAAGAUUGAGUUGUUAGUAGACUCCAUAGACCAAUUGCUCUCAAAUUGGAUCAUUGAUGGAAAGUACAUUUGCUUGUAUGGAGGAGAGGACGUGGAAUGGAUUCGAAGAUUUACAAACACUCUGGCCGCGGCUGCAAAAAUGGCGCGCAUCCCAUUACAGAUGCUUUACGUGGGGAAAAGCAACCCGAGGGAGAAAGUUCGGAAAAUCAACGACACCAUUGCUGGUGAGAAUCUUAGUCAUGUACUGCCAGACCUAAAUGUGAUGUGGUUCUUUUGGGUGAGGCUCGAGAGCAUGUGGCACUCAAAGGUCCAAAACGGCAAGACUGUGGAGAAUGAUCCGAUAAUGCAAGAGAUCAUGACGAUGCUGAGCUUCGACGGCAGUGAGCAAGGAUGGGCUGUGAUCUGUAGAGGAGCCUCCGCGGAGAUGGCCAAAGGAAAGGGUGACACUAUGUUGAGGAGUUUUACAGAGUUUAAGUUGUGGGAGGGGCGGGUGGGAGAGAUUGGUUUCGUGCCGGCACUCAAUGAGUACCUCCAUGGCAUCCACUCCCCGCAUCACUGCAACCGUCUGAUAUUGCCUGGGACCACCGGGAGCAUCCCUGAGAGGGUGGUCUGCGCUGAAUGUGGCCGUCCGAUGGAGAAGUUCAUCAUGUAUCGAUGUUGCAUCGAUUAUUAAAUUCUAAGGCUACAUUUGUCUUGGUCGCUUUAGGUCUUAAGAAAGAAGAAAGAUAUAAAGUUAACUAUUAGGCAAGUGAGCGACUGAUUAGUAUGAGGUCUAGUUAAUUUAGUUCUAAGAUUAAUUGCUACUACUAGCUACUAGCAUUUGCUACUAUGUAACAGUGUCCCUUGUGUCAUGGACGGAUUCCUGAUGACGUUUGGAGUAAGGAACUCUAGGCCCGUGACACUCGGCUCUCUAGCCUAUAAGGGGAGGCUUAAUGUGUGUUGUGUUGGUGCAGUAUUAUUAAUAGAUAUUUACUAUGUUCUAUGUACUAAAAUGUGUUUAUUUUGUGUAUGAGAGUAUUUACUUAACCAGAGAUAAAAAAU